AUGGGAUUAUAUAGGAUCAUUAGCAUUGGCCGGAUACAGCUCGACUAUGCUUUGAUCACGGCGUUGAUUGAGCGGUGGCGACCGGAGACGCACACUUUCCAUCUGCCCAUCGGCGAAGCCACCAUCACACUCCAGGACGUCGAGAUUUUAUAUGGCCUGUCCACUGAUGGCUUGCCAGUUUUACUACCUGGGAAUAUGAGAUAUUUUAAUCGGGCUUCAUAUAUGGAUAUGCUGCACAGGCUCACGGGCUUCAGGUCCGAAGACCCAGAUGUAGCAAUUGGGAGCAGUCGUAUGCAGUUGGUCCCCAUUAGAGACCACUUGGUGCAGAUCCACGAUACUAUCACCGACGACUCAGCGGAGGUGGAUGUGGAGCAAUAUACGAGGCUGUUGUUGCUCCUUCUAUUUGGGGGGGUCUUGUUCCCGAACACUUCGGGGAACCUAGUGAGCCUCCAUUUUCUGCAUCAUAUUGCGGACUUCGAUGAUACAGUCAGCUACAGCUGGGGUGGUGCUGUCCUAUCUUUUUUGUACAGGCAAAUUUGUCGGGUUUGGGUAUGGGAGCGAUUUCUGCAGCUUCGGCCACCUCUACCACAGCUACCGGCUAAUGUACAUAUUCCUGAUCUCCCUCUAGCUUGUAGGUGGGUAUUGCGUAGUAGACUUGCACGAGAGUAUCAUGGCCAUCAUAAUCUUCCCUUCUGUAGGGAUGUGUUGAAUUUUCUGGAGGAUGCACAGUUCAUCUGGACGCCGUACAACGAAGAGCUGAUAGGUACCCUGCCAGCGUAUUGCACACACGGCCGCCAUAUUUGGAGGGCUUCCAUCCCUCUCACGUGCCUCGAUAUUGUUGAGCAUCAUGCCUUAGAACGAGUAUUUCGUCAGUUUGGAUUUCCACAGUCUAUACUGACUCGGCCUGCAUGGGAUCCUUUACAUUAUGAGAGGGAUGAUCGGAUGAGAGUGGACGACACAUUUAUUGAUUGGCUGACAGCGCAGUUGGGUAUUUGGGACAACCGAGGGGACUUGACCCCAGCUCUGCAACACUUUCCUAUCGAAGUUUAUAUGGCAUGGUACCGCACUGCGAUUGGAUUGCGUACCGUAUAUCGUAUGGGGCAGCAGAUGCAGAGUUAUGUCCACGAUCAUGUGAUCAUGCAGGACUAUAGUCGUCGCUUAAUGGAUGUGGCUGCCCAGACACUGCAGCGAGGCCGAUCGGAUCAGCGUUUAGCACACUAG